AUGGCUUCUAAGAUUAUUAGUGUUGCAUUUUUCCUAUGUCUCAAUUUUUUCUUCAUCACUAUGGUGAACUCCAACUAUAUCAUCCCUGAAAUCCCAGUCCCAAUCCCAAACCCAAUAGUUGACCCUUAUCCAAAAGCUACAUGUCCUAUAAAUGCACUUAAAUUAGGUGUGUGUGCAAAUGUGUUGAAGUUGGUAAAUGUUAAAGUGGGGUCUCCACCAACGCUCCCUUGUUGCACCCUAAUUAAGGGUCUUGCUAAUCUUGAAGUUGCUGCAUGUCUUUGCACUGCCCUUAAAGCUAAUGUCCUUGGUCUUCACCUUGAUGUUCCUAUUGCUUUGAGUGUCAUUCUCAACAAUUGUGGAUUGAACAACUCUGGUUUUCAGUGCCCUUAG